CGGACGAUGGCGGCGGUGACGGUCUGCUUGUUUGUGGCUCGGCGAGGCUGUUGCUGCAGCUUUAGGGUUAGUCGCCCCUGCGGCGGGGACACGGUGUUUGGCAUGGCUUCUGGCUUGCUUUCAGUCCAUGGUAUACAAAACGUUCAGCGACAGCAGAGGAACCUUUCCUUGCAUGAAUACAUAAGUAUUGGAUUGCUAAAGAAUGCCGGCAUCUCUGUACCCAAUGGGAAAGCUGUUUCUACACCAGAUGAAGCAUAUUUUGCCGCCAAAGCAAUUGGUUCGAAGGACCUUGUUGUAAAAGCACAAGUGCUAGCUGGUGGCAGAGGAAAAGGAGUAUUUGAAGGCGGACUGAAAGGGGGAGUCAGAAUUGUUUAUUCUCCAGAGGAAGCCCGGGAUAUUUCUUCAAAAAUGAUUGGAAAGAAAUUAUUUACUAAGCAGACAGGUGAGAAAGGACGGAUAUGCAACCAAGUGUUUAUUUGUGAGCGAAGGUACUCUAGAAGAGAGUAUUACUUUGCAAUAACACUGGAAGGAACAUUUCAGGGGCCAGUAUUAAUAGGCAGUUCAGAGGGAGGAGUUAAUAUUGAGGAUGUAGCAGCUGCAAACCCUGAAGCAAUUGUCAUGGAACCCAUUGAUAUAAUGGAGGGCAUCAAAAAAGAGCAAGCUGUCAAGCUUGCACAGAAAAUGGGAUUUCCAGAUAACGUGAUAGAAGAUGCAGCAGAGAAUAUGAUCAAGUUAUAUGAGCUGUUUAUCAGAUACGAUGCCAGUAUGGUUGAGAUUAAUCCCAUGGUGGAGGAUGCCUCUGGGAUCGUGAUGUGCAUGGAUGCAAAGAUCAAUUUUGAUUCUAAUGCUGCCUAUCGACAGAAGGAUAUUUUUGCCCAGCAGGAUUGGAGUCAAGAAGAUGAACAAGACAAGCAAGCAGCUGAGUUUGGUCUCAAUUACAUUGGAUUGGAUGGAAACAUUGGUUGUUUGGUCAAUGGUGCAGGGCUAGCUAUGGCUACAAUGGAUAUCAUAAAGCUUCAUGGAGGAAACCCUGCCAACUUUCUGGAUGUAGGUGGUGGAGCAACAACCCAUCAAGUAAAAGAAGCCUUUAAACUUAUAACCUCAAACAGAAAUGUACUUGCUGUUCUGGUAAAUAUAUUUGGUGGCAUCAUGCGCUGCGAUGUAAUUGCUAAAGGUAUUAUUCUGGCUGUGGAGAACUUGGAUUUGAAGAUUCCAGUAGUUGUGAGAUUGCAAGGUUCUAAAGUUGAUGAUGCUAAAGCACUGAUUGCUGCCAGUAGUCUCAAAAUCCUGGGUUGUGAUGACUUGGACGAAGCUGCAAAAAUGGUUGUAAAACUUUCAGAAAUUGUGUCACUGGCAAAGGAAGCUCAGGUGGAUGUCAAUUUCCAGCUGCCAAUUUGAGACAUGCGUUGAAGAAAUAAUUUCAUUUGAUAUUCACAAUUGCGGUAUACUCUUAAAAUGGUUUUUUGCUUUUCCUUUCUCUUUUUGAAGAGGCUAUAUUACUCAUGUUACAAUACUGCACAAAAUGUGAUGUUGACUUGUUAGCAUGGCGUUCACAGAUAUUUUGUUAAAUGUUACAUCUCCAAAUAUUCAGGAAGAGGCAGGGUUUGGAUGUAAUCCAGUUUUUUUUAAAUAUCACCUAUCAAUUAUUUAAUGUUUGAAUGUAUGUUACCUGGCUGUUUAAAUCCAUUGAGCACUGUUGUGUUGGUAGAUCCUGCAACAUAUUGAGUGACUGAGCACUUAAUUUCAAUUGGUCUGAUAAUUUUUGUAACCUAGCUUUCAACAAAGAGCUUUGCGCUUUUCAGUUUGUUGCACCAUUAAGUAUGUCUAUGCUCUCAUUUGAAAAGCACUGGAUGUUUUAUGGGAAAGCAUUUUAUGGACCAGUUACUAAUUCAUUAAUUACUAUCCUCUAACCUUUACGUAUUCCUCCACUGCAACAUGCAUCUCACCACAAGUGAAUCUAUUAUUCGUAAAUGCAUAACCAAGUCACUCCAUGUCCAUAAAGCAAUGAAUUCAAACUUGAAGUAAUGAAUGAGUUAAUCAUAUUGAUUGGAGGGAACACAGUCCUUUCUACAACAGAAAGUUUUGUUCAGAAGUGUUUGCUGCUAUAUUUUAUUUGACAUGGUAAACCACAAAUCAAAAAUUAGCUCAUUAAAAGAAACACGCACAUUAAAUUCCACCCUUGCAUAUGUAGCAAGGUGAUUCUGUAAUAUGUUUAAGCCUUAUAGGCUAUAGUUGAAACAUUUAAAUAUGUAUCUUGAAAAUCUUGUUAUUGUAGUUAAUAAUAAAAUAUACUUCCAGUGAGAACUUGCUUGGUAAGUGGAAUUUUUGAUGAGGAUUAUUACUAAUCUGUUCAGACUGAAACAUACAAAAUUUUUAAUGUGUACUUUAUUCUGAAAUAUAAUGUCGGAGAUAAUCUAUAAGUUAAGAAAUUGAAGGGAGGGAAGAACUCAAGAAAAUUACAAUCAUUCAGGCAGUGUACUGAACAAACUGUUGGAGCUGUGGGCUAUUUUGUCUCCAGGGUCUGAUGAACUUCAUCCUAGGAGUUUAAAAGAUGUCUCUAGUGAGAUAGUUGAUGCAUUGGUUCUAAUUUUCCAAAAUGCCUUAAAUUUGGGAAAGGUCCAUUGAAAUAUAACUCCUUUCUUCAAAAAGGGAAGGAGAUGGUAAACACGAAUCUACAGGCCAGCUGGCUGAACAUCUAUCACAGGGAAAAUGUCAGAAUCUUAAUUAAAGGUGUUAUAGCAGAGCACUUUAAGGUAAUCGGGUAGCGUAUGCAUGAUUUUGUGAAAUGAAAAUCAUGUGUAACCAAUUUUUUGGAGUUCUUUGAGGAUGUAGCAAAACUGUGAAUAACGGGGAACCUGUGGUUGUACUUGUACAUCCAGAAGGCAUCUGAUAUGGUGCCAUACCAAAAGGUAUUGCGGAAAAUAAAAGCUCAUGAUAUAGAGGCCAGCAUAUUGGCAUGAACAGAAGAUUGAUUGCCUAACAGGAAACUAGAUAGUAGACAGAAAUAGGUUAUUUUUCCAGUCGGCAACGCAUGAUGAAUGUAUGGUGUGUCAUCAUGAUUAGUGCCGGUGUCUCAAUUUUUUUUAUACUUUAUAUAAAAUGACUUUCAUGAAAGUACUGAAGGUUGGUUUUUGUGUUUUCUGAUGAGACAAAGAUAGGUAGGAAAGUAAGCUUUGAAGAGGACAUAAGGAACCUACAAAGGGAUAUAGUUACAACUGCGUGGGACAAAGAUCUGACAAAUGGAGUGUAAUGUGGAAAAAUGUGAAAUUGUCCAUUUUGGUAGGAAGAAUAAAAAGCAUGUUAUCUGAAUUUGAUUGAAUCCAAAGCUCUGAGAUGUACUCGUUCUAGUUCAUGAAUCACAACAUGCAUUGGCAGUAAGAGGUGAUCACAUUCACCUCGCAUCAACAUGGGUUUCCUCUAGGUACUCCGGUUUCCUCCUACAGACCAAAGUUGUGCAGGUUAGGUGGAUUGGCCAUGAUAAAUUACCCAUCGUGUCCAGAGAUAUGCAAGCCAGCUGGAUUAGCCAUGGGAAAUGUAGGGUUACAGAUAUAGGGU